CUUCUAUGAGAAGUCUUGUCUCCCAUAUUUCAUCAAUUUUAUCGAAGAUUUACGCCAUAAUUUCAUUAAAUUUCAAGAAAAUUCCUUAAAACAAGUCUUAAAAAGACAUAAAAUGACGGAAAUCACAACAUUCGAGGAUGAAUUCGACGAAAAUCAGGAUAUUGCUCGUUCUCGUUUCGCUGAUAUGCUUCACGACACCGAACGUAACCAAAAAUACUACCUCGGACUAAAAGCAGCUAUCAAUCGAAUGCACGAACGAGGUCUCCAAGCAAAUGUUUUGGAUAUCGGCACAGGAACAGGCCUCCUUUCGAUGAUGGCGGUUCAAUUGGGAGCUGAUUCUGUCGUCGCUUGUGACGGAUUUCAACGUGCCGUCGAGUGUGCAGCAAAAAUUAUCGCCGCCAACGGGAUGUCUGACAAAAUUCAGCUCAUAAAAAAGCAUUCGACGCAACUCGUUGUCGGCAAAGACAUGGAAAAACGCGCAAAUAUCCUCGUAACGGAGGUUUUUGACACAGAACUCAUUGGCGAAGGUGCUAUUGAGACAUUUAAUCACGCACAUGAACACCUUUUGGAAGAAGAUUGCAUCGUUGUGCCGACUUUGGGAACGAUUUACGUGCAAAUAAUUGAAAGUCCCAUCGUUAAUUCAUGGAAUACGGUGAAAAGUAUCGCAAAUUUGGAUGGAGAAAUAUUACUUCGAACCCCAAAAACGCUAAAUGAGUGUCCGGGCGAAGCAACUUUACAGGAUUUGCAAUUAAGUCAGUUGACGGAAAGUAAUUUUCGGGCAUUAACAGAACCUGUAGCGGUAUUUGACUUUGAUUUUUCCUCCAAAAUUCCCUUGGAAAAGCAUCGAAAAGCUGUGAAAACCGUAAAAUGCGUUCAAACGGGCUUAGCUCAUGGCGUUUUUAUGUUUUGGGACCUAAAAAUGGAUGUCGAUAAGGAAGUUAUUCUCAGUUGUGCUCCUUACUGGGCUCAUCCCGACUUCGAUUCAACCAAAUCUGAAGGUCUUCCGCAACAAAGUAUUCCAUGGCGAGACCAUUGGAUACAAGCAAUUUACUAUUUACCGCAAACGAACACUUUAUUAGGCGAGGAACGUGAAAUUGAAAUCAUUUCCAAUCAUGACGAGUUCUCACUUUGGUUCGAAAUUGGCAAAACUGAAGCUCCCGUGUUGAAUAAAAAACCUUCUUGCACCUGCGGACUUCAUUUAACGACAUCUCGAUCGCGAAUUAUGCAACUUAACGACAGUUUACGCAACAAAAAGCUCAUUUCGCAUCUCGAAAAUUGGAAUUUGAAGAACGCCACGUUACUUGUGGUUGGCAAUGGAUGUCCUCUAAUCGGUUUGGCAGCAUCUAAAAUUGAACCGACACCAUCAAAAGUGUUCGUUAUCGAAGAAAAUCGCAUUUUAAAAGACGUUUUGGAGGAAUUUUUGGACUUUAACAAGCUUUGGAACGUGAAUGUCAAAGAAAAUUGUGAUAAAAUCAAGUUACCUUCCGUUACACAUGUACUUUUUGAGCCUUCUUGCGUCGCUGUGCUGCCAUGGGACGACUUGAAACACUUGAAUUUCAUCAAAAAACAUCAAUUAGAGCUUCCGAAUGACGUUAAAAUCGCUCCUUGCAAAGCUACGAUAAAAGCAAUUCCGGUAAAUUUCUUGGAUUUACACAAAAUUCGAUCGCCGCUUGGCUCUGUGGAGGGUUUUGACAUGUCAAAGUACGAUGAAAUGAUUCUUGGAGCAAUUAACAUGGCAGAUCCUGAAGUAGAAAUUCAUGCCUUAUGGGAAUAUCCUUGUCGAGCGAGUGGGAAAGCCACAAAUUUGUUAGAAAUUGACGUCAUGGACCUUCAAUCGACAUACAAAAAUGAAGGAAUGCUGAAAAUUGCUUCAAAAUGUAACGGAAUUGCCAUUUGGAUUGAUUGGCAAUUAAAUUCGAGCCCCAAAUCGGUAAUUUCAACAGGUCCAAGGAGUGAAAUCCAUGAAAAUGAGUUCAUUUUGUGGUCAAUGUCGUCUCGCCAAGGCGUCUUUUUCGUCUCUGAAACAAAAGAAAUGUCAGAAAUGCAUUUUUCUGUAAAUUAUUGCCUUGAAACUAACAAGCUAGACUUUGAAUUUAAAUAA